AUGAAGGAAGAACACUUUGUAGAUGGUGUGGUCACAGGAGCAGGAGAUGGACUUGGAAAAGCAUAUUCCUUUGAGCUGGCAAAACGUGGAUUAAAUGUAGUUAUGAUAAGCAGAACUCUUGAAAAACUGCAGAGAGUAGCCUCUGAAGUUGAGCAGACCACAGGUCAAAAGGUGAAGAUUAUACAAGCUGAUUUCACUAAAAAUUCAGUAUAUGAAAACAUUGAAAAGGGUCUGCAAGGCUUGGAUAUUGGUGUUCUGGUUAACAAUGUUGGAAUGCUUCAUAAUCCUCUUCCGUGCCGUUUCCUUAAUGGACCAGACAUAGAUGAGAAUCUUGUCAACUGCAACAUUGUUUCUGUUGUAAAGAUGACAAAAAUAAUACUGAAGCAAAUGGAACCAAGACAGAAAGGUCUUAUUCUGAAUCUGUCUUCUGGUCUGGGUACUUUCCCUUGUCCAUUAUACACAACAUACUCAGCCUCUAAGGCUUUUAUAAGCACUUUCUCCAAAGCACUACAAGCAGAGUAUAAAGCAAAGGGAAUUAUCAUACAGGCACUGACCCCUUACGGUCUUUCUACUCCAAUGACAAUGUACCAAAAACCUGGUCUUAUUACAAAGACGGCAGAAGAGUUUGUUCGUGAAUCACUGAAUUAUGUUACCUUUGGAGAUGAGAUUUUUGGAUGCUUAGCUCAUGAAAUGCUGGCGUGUGUCCUGCAGUUCAUCCCUUUAUGGGUAUUCCACAGCAACAGACUUCAAGAAGCAGUCCUGCGUGAAUUUACCAGUUAUCUGAAGAAGAGGUGGAGGAACCCCUAA